GCUACUUGGCAAGAUGCAGUGCCCCAUCUCUCCACAGAACGCAUCCUGUUGUUAAAAAGUGAAGAGCCUAGUAAAAAGCUACUAUGGCUACUUGCAGAGGAAUACAGAGCCCACCCUUUUAUUGCCUGA